GCUUCCUCCUCUCCGCUCCACGAGAGUCAUGAGUUUCCCUGGGCAGCAGCAGCUGCCGCCGCAGGACCAGGCCCCGUCGGAGCCGCGGUCUCUUGGCCUGGGCUUGGGGCCGCCCGCAGUGAGUUCUGGUGAUGCUUCUCCAGAUGAAGGGCUAAUGGAAGACUUGACAGUUGAAAAUAAAGCUCUGGAACAACUAGCACAAGGAUUGCUCUCUCAUUAUUUACCAGACUUGGAGAGAUCAAAGCAAGCCCUCCAGGAACUCACACAGAACCAAGUGGUACUACUAGAUACAUUAGAGCAAGAGAUUUCAAAAUUCAAAGAAUGCCAUUCUAUUUUGGAUAUUAAUGCUUUGUUUACAGAAGCUAAGUUCUAUCACAACAAGUUAGUGAAUAUAAGAAAAGAGAUGCUGAUGCUUCAUGAAAAGACCUCAAAAUUAAAAAAGAGAGCUCUAAAACUCCAACAGAAGAGACAGAAAGAAGAGCUGGAGCGAGAACAGCAACGAGAAAAAGAAUUUGAAAGAGAGAAACAGUUAACCGCUAAACCAGCGAAAAGGACAUAAAAAAACCUACGCAACAAUCAUCUUGUCCAUGUAUAUAUGUUUAUUUUUAUAUGUAUAUAUGUAUAUGUGUGUACAUACUGGUUUUUCCCUCCCCUGUUCCCACAUUGUUUGGAUUUAAGAGAGCUUGAUUGGUGGAGUCAGUUUGAUGUAGUGCCUUAUGCCAUUGUUCACAGUUCUAUAAUGUUUUGCACUCAUCGAAUUGCCAUAUCUUCAUUCUAGCCACUUAGGGUGCCCAGUUUUUCAUUAGUUAUUAAAAUGUAAAUUGGAUUUAAUGUUACGUGAUAAUUAAUUUUUUUCAAUUUAGCUUUUCUUAUACUUUUACAAAUCAA